AUGUCUUCAUUGUUCGGCCUCGUUGUGAGGCUUUCUCGGCCUGCACCACGUAUUUUCCGGCCGGUGGCCCUUUUCUCGUCUGCUUCUACAUUAUUUGACAAAGAGCUUUCGAGGUCACGAGAGUUAGUUAAGGAAAUGCUUAGAGAAAAGGGACGUACUUUUAAAAGUGGAGAUCUUAAGGCGCUUAACGUGAGCUUCAAAUCUGCCGGAUGCAAUAAUCAAAUCGUUCCUGAUUUUGAUG